AUGGCUCAACCCGAAUCCAAUGAACGCACGAAGGAAAGGACUGUAGCUACGACGCCUGCGCAGCUGGUUUCCCAACUCGCCGCAUUGGACGUUACGCCAUGGUACAAGAAACCAAAUCUCAGAAUGUUGUACUUGAUCAUCUUCCCAACUUGUAUUGGAGUGGAAAUGACUAGCGGUUUUGACUCAUCUAUGAUGAACGGCUUACAAGCUGUCGACUCAUGGGAUAACUUCUACAACUCACCUAGGUCUACCCUUUUGGGUGUCAUGUCAGCAAUGUACUCCGCUGGAGCGAUUGUUGCGCUACCUCUUGUGCCUAUAGUAUCGGAUGGAUUCGGUCGCCGUUGGGCAAUUACAGUUGGAAGUAUUAUCAUGAUUAUCGGCGCCAUUCUUCAGACAGCCUCACAAAAUUUCGCUAUGUUCGUCAUUUCACGGUUUAUUCUGGGGAUUGGCAUCCCUUUCGCUAUUGUUGGGGCCUCUUCCUUGAUUGGAGAGCUCGGACAUCCCAAGGAGCGUGCCGUUCUUGGGUCUCUUUUCAAUGCCUUCUACUUUGCUGAUCUCUCUGAAGGCUCAAUCACUGCUGCUGGUGUCACGCUCGGCACAUUUCAGAUGCCCAGUAACUGGGGAUGGAGAAUACCCUCCCUUCUGCAAGUUGUACCCAGCUGCUUGCAAAUAUUCUUCAUGUUCUUCAUGCCUGAAUCCCCACGUUGGCUCGUCUCAAAGGGCCGCGGUGACGAGGCAAUGGCAAUCUUGGUGAAAUAUCAUGCUGAAGGAGACGCCAACUCCGAGUUUGUGAAAGCCGAAUAUGUCCAGAUCGAGACCACCUUGGAACUUGAGAGAGAAGAAUCUCACGUUGGCUGGCUGGACAUGUUAAAGACUGCAGGAAUGAGACGCCGUGUACUUAUUGGAGCGUUCCUUGGUCUCGCUACACAAUGGAGCGGUAAUGGUCUGACAUCGUAUUUUCUUGCCCGAAUUUUGGAUACCGUCGGAAUUCAUGGAAACGGCGCUAAAAACAAGGUUAACCUUGCUCUUUCCUGCUGGAGCUUUGUGAAUGCCACAAUCUUAGCUCUAACUAUGUCUCGAUUCAAAAGAAGAGUGGUAUACCUGACAUGCACUAUUUCUUUGCUGCUUUGCUUUACUGGGUGGACAGUCGCAAGUGCACGAUACGCUGCAGAUGGAAGCCAGGGUGCUUCUCGGGCCGUUCUUGCCUUUAUAUUUAUUUAUAGUCCAUGCUAUAAUAUCGCCUUCAAUGCUAUGACAUAUACCUUCCUUGUAGAGGUCUUUCCUUUCCAUAUCCGUUCCAAAGGUAUAUCCGUCUUCCAAUGGUUCGGUCGCAUGGCCGGGUUUUUCAAUCAAUUCGUCAAUCCCAUUGGAAUACAACGAGCCGGCUGGAAAUACUACAUCAGUUAUUGCAUUUUCCUGGCUUUCGAAGUUCUUUUCGUGUUUUUCCUGUUUCCAGAGACCUCUGGUCGUAGCUUGGAAGAGCUCGCCUUCUUGUACGAAGAUGAUGAGCUCCGCAAGCAAGAAGAACGAGUGGAAAAAGAGAUUCGACAAGAAAAUAAGGAUAACCUCUCCAAGGAGUAA